AUGAGUGCUCGACGAUAUCAGUUAGACUCUCACGCAGUCGAUGUUGCAAAACUUGCUCAGCCAUUGCAAUUCGAAUUUUCCAAAAGGACCGCCCCCAACCGGCUCGUUAAAACUGCUAUGAGCGAAACACUUGCAUCGUGGCAUCCAACAACACUUGACGCCCGAGGACUGCCAACAAAGGAGCUCAUCGAACUUUACAAACGAUGGGGUGAAUCAACAUGGGGAAUUAUCACAACCGGGGAGGUCAUGAUCGACUACGAACACAUAACCGACGCCGCUCGACCCACCAUUACAAUCAGUGCCCCCUUCCAUGGAGAGCGUUUUGAAGGCUUCCAGGCCUUAGCUGUAGCCAUGAAGAGAAAUGGGAGCAUUGCUAUUGCUCAAGUAUGCCACCCGGGUCGGAGCGUCCGGGAGGUAUGGGUCAAAGAAACAAUAUCGGCCUCACCCACCACACAAGCGAGAGCAGCCACAGUCUCCGACAUUGAGAACAUCACGCAAACAUUUGCUCACGUUGCUGCCUAUCUGGAGGCUGCAGGUUUUGACGGAAUCCAGCUCCAAUGUGCACAAGGAUUUCUGUUAUCUCAGUUUCUUUCCCCGGCCACCAACAAGCGGAGCGAUGCGUAUGGCGGUAGCAUAGCCAACCGCAUGCGUCUCGUCAAGGAGAUUUGUACUGCGAUCAGGGCUUGUACUCAGCCGGAUUUUGUUCUGUCCAUUAAGAUGAACUCUGUAGAGUUUCAAAAAGAUGGUUUGACGACAGAGGAUGCGGCUGAACUUGUCAAGGGAUGGCAAGACGCUGCAGUCGAUUACGUAGAGCUUAGCGGUGGUACCUUUGAGCAGUUGGCUCAAAAGGCUGGAGUCAGGAAGAGAGAGAGCACAAAGAAAAGAGAAGCGUUCUUUUUGGAAUUUGCAGAGAGAAUUGUUCCUGCACUGGGACCGGAGCAUAAACGAAAGACUAAAGUCGUUGUUACGGGGGGGCUUAGGACAGCCGAAGGUAUGCUUGCUGCUUUGGAGGUAGUGGAUGCGGUCGGAAUCGCGAGGCCAGCUGUGCAGGAGCCUGCUUUGGCAGGGGACUUGCUCGACGGUAGAGUGACGUCGGCGAUCUGGCCAGUGACACCGUUUGAUUCGGAUUUUAUCUUGAGCGUGAGAGCUGCGUACUCACAGAUUCGUGCCAUUGGUCAGGGUUAUGAACCAUUCGAUUUGAGUGACGAGGAGGUUGCGGGAAAGCUGACCCAGGACCUACAUCUUUGGUGGGAAUGGUUUUUAUCGACCAAGGGUGACGUGCCGGCUGGUUACGGGCACGCUGAUUAUACUGGUCGUCUCGUUCCUCAUCGCGCUUGCUGA